AAGAGAAAGAAGAAGUAGAAUCACCGACGCGUGUGAUGCGCACGAGGUUGCAGUUAGAGCACUGUAUGGAUUCUUAUGGACUCACACUGCUACUAAACACUCAUGAAUGCUAAAAGAAUGGUCCUGCCUUAACUGAAAACACUUACAUUUUUGUUUAGCUCUAGAAAAUGCAAACUGUAGUGCAUAAACAUGGAUGGACUAAUUUUUUUUCAUGGAUAGGCAAGCCCCCACCCCAUAAAGCAACAAGUGGACAUUUUUUGUGAGGGUUUUUCCAUUUGUCAUCCAAUGAAGGAGACGGGAAACGCUGGAACUGGUCAACUGUGACACCUGACCCAGCUGCUGGAUAGCUCACUUUUACAGCGUGGAAUGGAGCAAAGGUCAACCAUUUUUAUUGGCAAGGCUUUUUUUUUUUUUUUUUUUUUUAAAGUAUGUAGCAUUUUAACGUAUUUUCACUAUUUUUAAAUCUGGUCACCGGCUCAGUAUCUUCCAGCAUGAGCGUUGAGAGUAAACAAGAGCUGAAAAAUAGGUCUUUUCAGGUUUUUGUCCAAAAAAGUUUAGGUUAGUUUCCCCGCCUUUAAUUUUAAAUUCAUCCCCUUUUUUGCAAGGACAAAUCCUCACUUAAAUUUUAGACUGUAAAAGAUUCCACUGUCGACCUGCGAGUGCUUCCACAAAUGGCUGACAGAAUGGUAGUGAAUGAGAUGUCUGUGCGUGCACUCAGUGUAGAACCUUCUGACAAAGAGAAGCUGCCUUGCAAGAUGCAGCCAAUAGAAAACAUGGAUGAACAUGAAGACAGAUAUUUGAAGAUGGAGUUGUCUGCUGCUGAGGUCAUCUCUACACCUACUGGGGAACCCAGUGAGUCCAGGAACUGGAUAUGUUCCAUGGUAUUUUUGUGUUUCUAUGGAUUUAUGGCAUCAAUAAAGCCCGGCGAGCCAUUCAUCACACCGUAUCUACUCAGCCCUGAGCAGAACUUCACCAUUCAACAGGUGACCAAUGAGAUCAUUCCAGUGUUGACAUACUCUUACAUGGCAAUGCUGGUGCCAGCCUUCUUGCUAACAGACUUCCUACGCUACAAGCCAGUGCUGAUUUUUCAGGGCAUCAGCCAGGUGUCCAUUUGGCUGAUUCUGCUCCUGGGUACGACUCUUAUCCAGAUGCAGUUUAUGGAGGUCUUUUACGGCGUCACCAUGGCAUGCCGAGUGGCCUACUCCUCUUACAUCUUUUCUCUGGUCAGCCCAGUUUUCUACCAGCAAGUGGCCAGCUACUCACGCACCUCAGUCCUCAUGGGGGUGUUCACCAGCUCUGUGCUGGGCCAAGUUUGCAUGUCUGUGGGCAACAUUACCUUUGCUACUCUUAAUGGUAUAUCAUUGGGUUUUGUCAGCUUUGGCCUACUUUUGUCACUUUUCCUGCCCUGGCCUAAGCGCUCAUUGUAUUUCCACAAAGCGCAUAGUCUGGAGCCAAGAAAACAGACUGAGACAGUAGCUACCAGAGCUGAACUGGCCAAAAUGAACCUAAGCCAGGGUGACCGUUCCUCUGAACUACCUGGAUGCUCUGAGACGCACUGGAGAGAUUCUGUCUUGGUGCAGAUGCUACUGGAGUUGAGAAAUGUUGUGAAGAGGCCCAAACUCAGGCUGUGGUGCCUGUGGUGGGUGUUUAACUCCACGGGGUACUACCUGGUGCUGUUCUACGUUCACAUUCUGUGGAGCAAAGUCUACCCAGCCACUGAGAACAAGCGCAUUUACAACGGUGGAGUGGAAGCAGCUUCGACCUUACUGAGUGCAGUGAUGUCUUUCAUUGCGGGCUUUGUGAAAAUUCGAUGGAAUAUCUGGUCUGAGCUGGUCAUUGGUAUCAUCACUGCAGUGCAGGCAGGUCUUCUGCUCCUCAUGGGCUCCACAGACAACAUAUGGGUCUGCUACAUUUCCUACAUUGUCUUCCGAGGCGCCUACCAGUUUCUGGUGCCUAUAGCCACAUUCCAGAUUGCCUCAUCCCUCACCAAGGAACUGUGUGCGCUGGUGUUUGGCAUUAACACCUUCUUGGGGACCAUACUAAAGACAAUCAUCAACUUGAUCAUUGUUGAUAAGAAGGGACUGGCAUUGGACAUCCAUUCUCAGUUCCUGGUGUACUUCUUUUAUUUUAGCCUUCUUACUGUCAGCUACCUGGUGUCUGCUGCUGUGGUCAUCACACGACAUUGUAGAAACCAGCCCAGGGAUGUGCAGCAGGCCACGCCCACAGAGUUUCAACACAUGGCAGCCACUCCUGAAUCUUUGUCUCAUGGUGAAAGUGUCAAAGCUUAAUGCAGGAUCAAUCAUUCUGGGCCUGGAAUGGGCUUGUUCUUCGUAAUUAGCUGCUGAGCCGAAUUCACAGAAGUGCCUCCACUGUCACCCCUCCCCAUUAUAUGUACAUAUUGAUAAAAGCAUAUUUGAUCAGUUAUACAGAAGAAAAAGA